AUACAAUCCCUGUGUUGAGUGACGCAGGAGAGCAGUGGACGAUCGGAGCUGCACUUAUGUGCAACAACUAAGACCAAGCGUCCCAAGUUUUAACAGAAUACCACCAUCUGCAAACAGAUGAGCGUCUGAAAUGCCCUUGCUUGCACUAAUGUAUUCGGUUACUACAUCCUUAACUUUACUCUGUUCUCUGCGCAUAAUCGAGAUCAUCUGUCGGGAGUCGAUAUUUACUGCUCCAGUAACGGAUUGAUCCAAAUUUCUCAUUCACAUUUUACGGCAUGACAUGUAGAUAAUCAUCCGAUACUUUGAUGGGGCUCCGGAGGAUCAUGAUGCCACCCAAGUUCCAGCUGCUGGCUGUUAUGGCGUUUGGAGUGGCGAUGCUGUUUAUUGAGAACCAGAUUCAGAAGCUGGAAGAGUCUCGGGCAAAGCUGGAGCGCACCAUGGCCAGACACGAGGUGCGAGAGGUGGAGCAGAGACAGACACGGGACGGCUUGCGGAACUCUCCUGCAUUGCCUGAGAUUGAGGAUCUGAUCAUCAUCUAUAACCGUGUGCCCAAGACUGCCAGCACCUCCUUCACCAACAUUGCAUAUGACCUGUGCGGAAAGAACCGUUUCCAUGUUCUCCACAUUAACACCACCAAGAAUAAUCCAGUCAUGUCCCUGCAGGAUCAGAUGAGGUUUGUAAGGAAUGUGACAUCCUGGCGAGAAAUGAAACCAGGUUUCUACCACGGCCAUGUCGCCUACCUGGACUUCACAAAGUUUGGAGUCAAGGGGAAGCCGGUUUACAUCAACAUUGUACGGGACCCUAUCGAGAGGUUGGUGUCUUACUACUAUUUUCUCCGAUUUGGAGAUGAUUAUCGGCCAGGUCUCAGGCGGAGAAAGCAGGGGGACAAAAAGACAUUUGAGGAGUGUGUGUCAUCAGGAGGUUCUGAUUGCUCUCCUGAGAAGCUUUGGUUACAGAUCCCAUUCUUCUGUGGCCAUUACUCUGAGUGCUGGAAUGUUGGCAGUAAGUGGGCUCUCGAGCAGGCCAAGUAUAAUUUGGUGAAUGAGUAUCUGCUUGUGGGAGUGACUGAGGAGCUGGAGGAUUUUAUCAUGAUGCUCGAGGCAGCCCUGCCACGUUUCUUCAGAGGAGCGACUGAACUGUACCGCACAGGCAAGAAGUCUCACUUGAGGAAAACGAGCGAGAAGAAACCUCCCACUAAAGAGUCCAUCUCAAAGCUGCAGCAGUCCAACAUAUGGAAGAUGGAGAACGAGUUCUAUGAGUUUGCACUGGAACAGUUUCAGUUUGUGCGCGCUCACAGCGUCAGGGAAAAAGACGGCGAGCUUUACCUGCUGGCUCAGAACUUCUUUUACGAGAAAAUCUAUCCAAAAGUAAACUAGAGUUGACAUUAGCAUGGUCCAUUUGGCCUGUUCAUGUACUGUUCUGUCACUUUCACUGGGAAGAGAAGAAGAAAUGCCUGGAAGAGGGGCCAAGCAUUUUAGAGUAUGUUUUUUGAGAGACUUCACACAAGUGCUGACUGUGACGCUCGAUAUCAAGCCCAGUAUCUUUAUAUGGACUUUCACAGCAGUGAAAACAUUUGUGACAUCGACAUCAAAUUUUCAUGUAAUUCAUCAUGCCUUCCAAAAGAAAAUGACAGAACCUCUUUGGCCAUCAGUCACUGCUGUGAAAAAUCAAUUCUGAACAGGGUCAAAAGGGUGCUGCUUUUGGUACCAGACGUUUGGUACAUUAGGAGCACCUCCUUAUUUUACUAUUAACUGUGGUUUUGUGAAUUAACUCUUUCUUGCAUCGUGUAUAUUCAUUUUUCAUAGAAUGCCAUGAACAGUGUUUAC